AUGCUGUGUCUUCCUCUAGGGACCGAAUCGGGUUCGGACCUGAGGCUGGUGAAUGGAGGUGACCCGUGUCAGGGCCGGGUGGAGGUCCUGUACCGAAGCUGGUGGGGCACUGUGUGUGAUGACGACUGGGACAACAAUGAUGCCAACGUGGUGUGCAGGCAGCUGGACUGUGGCCGGGCCAUGUUGGCCCCGGGAAGUGCCCACUUCGGUGAGGGCUCAGGGUAUAUUUUUCUGGACGACGUGCGCUGCUCAGGAUACAAGUCCAACCUGUGGAGCCGAGCCCACAACGACUGGAACAGCCACAACUGUGGUCACCACGAGGAUGCCGGUGUCAUCUGUUCGGGUGGGCCUCUGAGAUCCCCAAACCCCCUUCUGGUGGGACCUUUGCUGAGAACAAAUGCACUUCCCACUCCAGAGCCCCUCCCUACCCCAGCCUCUCCCAGAGAUCCUGUAGGGACUGAAUCAGGGUUGGCCCUGAGGCUGGUGAACGGAGGUGACCGGUGUCAGGGCCGGGUUGAGGUCCUGUACCGAGGCUCAUGGGGCACCGUGUGCGACGACGACUGGGACACCAACGAUGCCAACGUGGUGUGCCGGCAGCUGGGCUGUGGCUGGGUCACGUCAGCCCCAGGAAGUGCCCACUUCGGUCAGGGCUCGGGGCCAAUUGUCCUGGACGACGUGCGCUGCUCAGGCCAGGAGUCCUACCUGUGGAGCUGCACCCACAACGGCUGGAACAGCCACAACUGUGGUCACGACGAGGAUGCCGGUGUCGUCUGCUCAGCUGUUCAGCCCCCAACCACAGCCCUGCCGAGGACCGAAUCGGGUUCGGACCUGAGGCUGGUGAAUGGAGGUGACCCGUGUCAGGGCCGGGUGGAGGUCCUGUACCGAAGCUGGUGGGGCACUGUGUGUGAUGACGACUGGGACAACAAUGAUGCCAACGUGGUGUGCAGGCAGCUGGACUGUGGCCGGGCCAUGUUGGCCCCGGGAAGUGCCCACUUCGGUGAGGGCUCAGGGUAUAUUUUUCUGGACGACGUGCGCUGCUCAGGAUACAAGUCCAACCUGUGGAGCCGAGCCCACAACGACUGGAACAGCCACAACUGUGGUCACCACGAGGAUGCCGGUGUCAUCUGUUCGGGCCCGGGUCCUCAAGCCAGACACAGAGGAGGUGUUCUUGUGCUCCCCCUAGGGACUGAAUCAGGGUUGGCCCUGAGGCUGGUGAACGGAGGUGACCGGUGUCAGGGCCGGGUUGAGGUCCUGUACCGAGGCUCAUGGGGCACCGUGUGCGACGACGACUGGGACACCAACGAUGCCAACGUGGUGUGCCGGCAGCUGGGCUGUGGCUGGGUCACGUCAGCCCCAGGAAGUGCCCACUUCGGUCAGGGCUCGGGGCCAAUUGUCCUGGACGACGUGCGCUGCUCAGGCCAGGAGUCCUACCUGUGGAGCUGCACCCACAACGGCUGGAACAGCCACAACUGUGGUCACGACGAGGAUGCCGGUGUCGUCUGCUCAGAUGCUCUAAUCUCUUCCACUAUCCCAGGUGAGUGGACUCUUACCCAGACGAUGUCACAAUGCCCCUGAAGACCCACCACAAUGACAAUGUCCCUCCCUCUCUCCUCUCUAGGACACUCUUCAAAUUGUGGUGGCUUCUUAUUCCAUGCCAGUGGGACAUUUUCCAGCCCGUCCUAUCCUGGAUAUUACCCCAACAACGCGGAGUGUGUCUGGGAGAUAGACGUGAACUCUGGCUAUCGCAUAAACCUGGGCUUCAACCAUCUGCAGCUGGAGAUACACAGUAAUUGAAUUAUGGAUGGAUCACUCAAUAGCAAUAAUUUGCUGUGGAAAAUUUGUAAUGGCACCAGGCGAAUAUUCACAUCUUCUUACAAUCGAAUGAUUGUUCGAUUCCCAAGUGAUAUCAGUGUCCGAAACACUGGCUAUUAUGCUUGGUAUAACCCUUUUGCAAGAGACGCCAGCUUGAGAUUAGUCAACUUCACCUCCUCCUCUGGUGCAUGUGCCGGGCGUGUGGAAAUUUACCAUGGUGGCAACUGGGGGACAGUUUGUGAUGAUUCCUGGGACAUUCAGGAUGCCCAGGUGGUCUGCAGACAGCUGGGGUGCGGUGAUGCAGUAUCAGCCCUGGGAAACGCCUAUUUUGGCUCUGGCUCUGGCCCCAUCACCCUGGACGACGUGGUGUGCUCAGGAACGGAAUCUACUCUCUGGCAGUGCCGGAACCGAGUCUGGUUCUCCCAUAAUUGCGCCCACCACGAAGAUGCUGGAGUCAUUUGCUCAGGUUCCACGUGAUGUCAUCCUUGGAAG